AUGAAUCAGUCAGUAGUUAUUGGAGAAAUAGUUCCUGUUGUUACUAUUGUGGUUGAAGGUGGCAAAGAUACCAUAACAAAUAUAUAUUAUGAUUUACGUGAUAAUAUCCCUGUUCUUAUUAUUGAUGUAACUACUAAAUAUCCUCAAUAUCCAUAUGAAAUUGGUGAAAUUAAUAAAGCACCUUCAGUUACAGCUUUUUCACGGACAAGUGACAAUACAAAUAGUUCAAAAAUAGGUAUCCAUACAUAUUUUGAAGUUCAACUAGAUGCAUCUCGCAAUACGCUUAAAGGAAUAUUUGAAAAAUAUGAUGAACGACUUAGAAAAGAUCUUGAUCUUCUCAUAUCACAUGAUGAUGAUCUUAGUAAAGGAAAGAAGUCAAAUGAUAUAUCAAACCAUACUCCAAAAGAUGCAAAAUCAAAUAAAUUCGGUGAAAUACUUCGACAAGUUAUGUAUUGUCUUCAACCUGCUGUUCGUUCUGGUAUAGCUGUAUUCAAUCUAAAUUCAGAUGAUAAUUUAUCAGAAACAAUUUUUCGUACUGUUUGUAAAUCACAUCAAAAAUAUUUAGAAAGAAAAGAAAAUAAUCAAUAUGAUCUGAGCGAACAGCAUGAACGAAACUCUAAACCGCCAACAACUGUAGAUACUAAACGUCAUCAUGCAGAUUCACAAAGAUCACAAUUAUUACAAUUAGCAAUGGAUUGGAAUUGUGCUGAUGUUGCAAAAGAAUUAAUUCUUCAAAAUUCAUUAGAUAAUAUUCUAAAUAGUGAUAAAACUCAAUUAAAUGCAUUUAUUGAAUCGAACGAUGUUGUUGGAAAACAUAUUCGUACAACUGAAGAGCUAAACGAUUAUCGAUCAUCAUGGGGUUUAAUGGUACAAAUUCAAACAAAUCCUCGAAACUUUGACCAACACGAUAAAGCAAAUAAAGAAAUAGUUUUUGAUUAUAUAAUGCGAGAUUUAUUUAUAUGGGCAAUACUUAUGAAUCAUACUGAAAUGGCUCAAGUCUUUUUAAGUCAUAUGAAAUAUCGAAUAUGUGCUGCAUUGAUUGCAACAAAAAUUUUAAAAGAAUAUUUUCAUGGAACUGCAUAUGCUGAUUUAAAAGAUACUUAUGAGAAAAAUGCAAAAUAUUUUGAAGAAUAUGCUAUUGCAUGUCAAAUAGUUUUACAACGAAUAGAACUUUAUGGAAAUGUCACUUGUCUUCAAGUUGCUGCUGAUGCACAAGAUAAAUUAUUUAUUGCAACACCAUGUUGUGCUCAAGCUAUUAAUAAUAUAUGGUGUCAUAAUAUUCAUCCCAAACAAUCAAAUAAACGCAAAGAAAUAGCUAUGGCUAUUGCAAUUUUUUCACUUGGUCUUCUGGCACCACCUUUUGUCAAGUAUUAA